AUUAAAUGUGCUCUUUUGUUGUUACUUCUGCACAGCAAAGCUCUGUGCUAAGAGACCCACAAUGCCACCAUAGGCGAUACUCUCUUCUUAUUUUAGUUCUGUAUUCCCCCACAAGAUACACAGUCAUGGCAAACCGAUAAUAUUCUGCAAAGAAAUAAAAUUGCCAUAACUAGUUUAUUUUGAAUUGACAAUCCGGGGCCUUCUCAAAGAGGAGCUUGUCCAGGCCUGGAAGUACCCUAGCAGAAAGCUAAAUGUUAUUGCCAUUAUGUGUUGUACUGACAUGAUUUUCUUUGCAUUGAUCGUGGUUGAUCGACAUCUGUAUCUGGAGUUUGUUAAGCCUAAACAGACUUUAACACUGACUUAAUGUCCGAAAACCAUCGGUUGACUAACCACACUCGGAGCUAAUUGCUAUUAGAAGCUAACUGCUACCCCAAGUAGAAAAAGGGUGGACCAGAUAAGAUAACAUCGCUCACAAUGAUAGCUUUACACGUGCAGCCCCUGUUUCCCAACAAGACAAAAUAAAUGUCCGACAUACAAACUUAUGAUGUUGUCAUCGAUGGUUUAAGUUUUAAUAGUUGGUUUCAAUGAACUUUGUAUGGCCACACUCGGCUAGCUGUGUAGGCUAGGUCUGCUAAGGGCCCUCUCGGUAGAUGCCAGUUAAUAUUUAAUUUAAGCCUUUUUUCUUGUACUUGUAUGUCUCCUCACAUGCAUAUUCACAUAUUCAUUUGAUCAGUCCUAAAGCUUGCAAUGUCACUUGGCACAGAGAAAUGACAACCAGACAAGGCUUUUUGGUUGAUUAAAAAAAUAAAUCGGCCCGUCAUAGCAUCUAUUAACAAAGAAAUGCUAAGCUUCGCUAUUUCCCUCGGCUCUGUGCGAGUUCCUGGGGAUGAGAAAUAGGUUGGUGACCAUAAACACACUAUUUGUGUAAAGGUCAAGUUAGCUCUUAUAUACAUUAACACGCAGUUUGUGGCAUUUAAUUGUAAGGUUGCGCUUUUAUUUUGGUGACUUCCGGUGUGAACGGAAGUGAAGGAAAAAACGUUAGCUUGUUAUAAAGAAACGACGCACAGUAAACACGGUAACGUUAAUAGUGAAAAUCAAAACAACGGAGAAAAGUUAUAUACAACAAAGUAAAGAUCGACAGUCGACAGAGGAACAAGUUCUUGCGUUGGUUCUAUGACACGGCAAGAAAAGAUUAAAAGUCAUUUAACCAUCAGUUCAGGCCUUCUCAGUUCGAUUGGAUGCUACAGUAAGAGCUUGACCACCGCCACUUCGCUGUACCACGACGGGUCAUGGUUUCACAGUAACUCCCGCAACGUCCAGCAGGUGGCAGCAGAUGGUCAGAAGACAAAACGGUUAACGGUAUAAGGAAAUUAAAGAGGAAAAUGGAGAAUAUACAAGACGAAAAUCUAACAGACAUUAAUGAACAAAUGUUAAGUGAGCAAAAUAAGAUUCAGAGUACACCAAUACCACGACGUUCUGAAAGAGAAAAAAUGCCAACCGCAAAAAUGGCUGCUUAUCAAAGGGAAGAAAUUAGUAAAAAGGAAAAGAGACUCUUAACUCUGUAUGAACAGUGGAAACAAGAGAAAGUUUAAAACAGGACAUCUCAGAAAAGGAAAUGUCAGAUCUUGCAGAUAUAUUAGAGCAAAAGAGAGAUGAUCUGUUAACACAAUACACUGAAAUGAGAGGUCACAUAGCACCUUCAUCUGACAUAAGGAGAAAAACUGAUGCAUGUGAAGCAGUAACUCAUGACAUUGUGAAGAUCAUUCUGGAAAGAAUUAGUAGUAUUGAUGGAGAUUUUGAUGCAGAACGUGAAGGCAAACGUUUGCAUGGACUAUUAAAGCAUGAUUACGCCCGGUCCAUCUAUGGUUCAACCGCAGCAUCAAAUCACAGCCAAAGUUCUUCCACUUCAUGCCUCGCCGUGAAACGAGCCGAUGCUGCAGCAGAUCUUGCAGUAAAAGAAGCACAGUACAGAGCAGUACAAGAAGAAGAAAGACAAAAGGAAAGGAUUAAAGCUCUAGAAGAGGAGCACAUGAAACAAAUGGCCAUUCAAAUAUCAGAGUUGGAACGCUUAAGAGCUGAAAAGGAAGUUGAAGCAGCUCGUGCCAGGUUGGAAGCCUACAGCCAAGAGUUAUCACAGCUCGAUGAUAUAAAGUCAGUGAAAAGUGAACAGGUGAGCCCAGAGUACUCACCCAGAAAGACUGCCCCACCUUUUACCUUACCUGCACCAACAGCUCCCCCUAGUGUCAACCAGCUUGCACAGGCUGUGCAAGACAGCAUAAAAAUGAACAGACUUCCCACACCAGAGCCAACGAUGUUCAGUGGCGAGCCGAUAAAGUUCAUUGAAUGGAAAUCCACUUUCACGUCUCUUAUUGAACAAAAUGGCAUCUCAGCAGCAGACAAACUGUACUAUCUCAAAAGAUAUGCGACCGGCCCAGCUCGUAAAUGCCUUGAAGGGACUUUCUUUAGAAAUGAUGAAGAGGCUUAUAGGGAUGCCUGGAAAAAAAUGAAUCAAAGGUACGGCCAGCCAUUUGUGAUUCAAAAAGCAGUUAGAGAAAAGUUAUCUAACUGGCCAAAAAUACAAUCUAAAGACGCCGAUGGGCUAAGGGACUUUGCAGACUUUGUAAAUGCAUGCAUGCUUGCUAUGCCUCAUGUAAAAGGAUUACAGAUACUCAACGAUUGCGAAGAAAAUCAGAAACUGUUACGCAAACUACCAGACUGGAUAAAUGCGAGAUGGAACAGGCAUGUGACAAAGACACUUAUGGAGUGCGUAUACAUGCACAUCAGUAUCCCGGUUAUUAGCCAUACCCCGGUUAUGUCAGUAUUCGGGUUACUGCGUAUACAUGCACCAUCAAGAAACCGGGAUACUCAAAAAACCCGAUCAUAACCGGGUUAUUGAUGUGCAUGUAUACGCACUCAUGGACGGGUGUGAGUUUCCCAGCUUGAGCGAUUUUGCCUCAUUCCUCUCCCUUGAAGCAGAAGUCGCAUGCAACCCAGUCACCUCCAUACAUGCACUUCACUUCACUGAAACAAAUGGUGAUAGAAGAAACACAAAGGAAAUCAAAAGGAAUAAGGCAAGUGCAUUUAACACAAACAUAACUGAACAAGGUGACAAUAGAGUAUAGAAUGAAAACACACAGUGGCUCUUCAUGCAUGUUGUGUCAAGAGAUGCAUCCUCUUCACAAGUGUCCAAACAUUCUGAAAAUGUCUCUAGAAAACAGAAAGGAAUAUGUAAAGGACAAUAAGCUUUGUUAUGGAUGUUUGAAACCAGGGCACAGUGCUAAGGACUGCAGACGCCGCCUCAAUUUGAAACUUGCCAUAAAAGACACCCAACCUGUCUUCAUGAUGAAAAUUACAGCAUCGGACUGCAGAGAGAAACACAAGGUCAUGAGAGCACAAACAAUGCAACACAAAGUAACUCACCUGAAACAGCCACAGCCAUGUCACUGAAUGUAGCCAGAGCAGAGCAUACAGUCACUACCUCAAUGAUAGUGCCAGUGUGGGUGUCAACUGCUACUAACCCACAAAAAGAAAAACUAGUCUAUGCGUUACUAGACACGCAGAGUGACACGGUCUUUAUCGAUCAGGAAGUAACAAGUGAACUGAAGGCAGAGGUGUGCCCAGUGAAACUCAAGCUAACUACAAUGAUGGGUAAAAAUGCAGUUGUAAGCAGCGGAAAGGUGUGUGAUCUUCUUGUGAGAGGUUACAAUUCAGCAACUGUGAUAAGGCUUCCCAUUGCUUACACAAAGAACUACAUACCUGCAAACAGGGAACACAUGCCGACAUGUGAAACAGCCAAAUUGUGGAAGCAUUUGUUACCCAUUGUCGAUGAAGUUCCGCCGCUCCUCAGCUGUGAAGUAAGUCUUCUCAUUGGUUAUACCUGUCCGAGAGCUCUAGCGCCAAGACAAGUACUCCUAGGCAAAGACAAUGAGCCAUAUGCUAUUCAAACUGAUUUAGGAUGGAUCAUAGUUGGUAACUCAAUGCCUGGCAAUGAUACAGACACAACAAGUAGUCUCUGUCACAGAGUAACCAUCAAAGAAAUACCCCCAUCCACCCCUGCUGAUGCAAUAUGUGCUCUAGAAAAGGACUUCAGAGAAACUGAGAGAAAUGAAAAAAACUGUGUCUCAAGAAGAUCUCAUGUUCCUUGAGAAACUUGAAGAAGGCAUAACAGAGACUGAACAUGGACAUUACGAAAUGCCAUUGCCAUUCAAGGAAAGGCCGCAAAUGCCCAAUAACAGACAACUUGCCGAAAGCAGACUCAAUCAGCUCAAACGAAAACUCAUGCGGGAUGAAAGAUACAAAAGAGACUAUGUCAUGUACAUGAAUGACAUCAUCAAAAGAGGUGAUGCAGAAGAGACUGAUGAUAAUGGACCAGCAGGUGAAACGUGGUACAUACCGCACCACGGCAUCUAUCAUCCAAAGAAACCAGAGCGGCUGCGUGUGGUGUUUGACUGCUCAGCUAAACACAAAGGUACAUGUCUUAAUGAACAUUUACUGAACGGCCCUGACGUGAUUAACAAUCUAACUGGUGUACUUGUGCGCUUUCGACAACAUCAAAUAGCUUUAAUGUGUGACAUAGAAAAGAUGUUCCACCAGUUCAAAGUCAGUGCAAAUGAUCGCAACUACUUACGGUUCUUGAGGUGGUAAGAUGGUGACUUUAGUAAAUCACCUCAAGCAUACAGGAUGACAGUACAUCUCUUUGGCGCUGUUUUGUCACCCGGCUGUGCAAACUAUGGACUCAAAUAUUUAGCCAAAGAAAACAGCCUUGAGUAUCCUGUAGGUGCACAGUUCAUUGCCAGAGACUUUUAUGUAGAUGACGGAGUCACAAGUGUUGAGACAGUCAAAGAUGCUGUACAGCUAUCUAAAGAAGCACGUAAGCUAUGUGCAAAAGGUGGACUAAGGCUACGCAAGUUCGUGUCCAACAACAGUGUUGUUCUAAACAGCAUCCCAGCUUUGGAACAUGCAACUGACACAAAAACAAAGGACUUAACAUUCAGUGAAAUACAAACAGAAAGAGCACUCGGCAUUCAUUGGAACAUAGAAAAGGAUUGUUUCACUUUCAACAUUGCAAUAAAAGACCAACCCCCUACCAGGCGCGGCAUUUUGUCCACAGUCGCAGCAAUAUACGACCCCUUGGGAUUCAUUGCUCCAUAUGUGCUCAAUGGCAAAAGAAUCCUCCAAGAAAUGUGUCGACAAGGAACAGACUGGGACAGUCCAUUACCUGAACAUCUCAAGCCACGGUGGGAGAGCUGGAAACAAGAUCUAAAUGAUCUGAAAAGGUUGCAAAUAAACAGAUGUUAUGUUCCUGUAACAUUUGGACAUGUCAUAAAAAGGGAACUGCAUCACUUUUCCGAUGCAAGCACAUCAGGAUAUGGACAAUGUUCUUACUUAAGACUGAUUAACAAAAACAAAGAUGUUCACUGUAGCUUUAUUAUGGGCAAAGCGCGUGUCUCUCCCACAAAGGUCACCACUAUUCCAAGGUUAGAACUGUCCGCGGCUACAGUAUCUGUCACAGUAAGCAAUAUGCUAAAGGAAGAACUACUCUAUGAAGAUGUGGAGGAGUUCUUUUGGACAGACUCAAAGGUCACUUUGGGGUACAUAAGUAAUGAAGUUUUCACACGUUUGUCGCUAACAGAGUACAAAAGAUCAACAAUACCACACCACAACAAUGGUUUUAUGUACCUACCUGUGAAAACCCCGCUGACGUCGCAUCAAGAGGCACAACAGUAAAUGAGCUGCUGUCAUCCAACUGGCUUACUAUCAAACUUCCAAUAGGAGACCCAGAGGUGAGAAAAGUGCAGACACUAAACACACAAACUUCAGAGCAUAAAAGUCUCAGCGACCAUCUCACCAAGUUCUCAUCCUGGUCCCGUGCGGUCAGCGCUGUAGCACGUCUCAAAAGAUAUCUGCUCAAGGACAGAUCAAGGUGACUUACUACUGUCACUGAGAGGCAAAAUGCAGAAAUCAUAAUCAUUAAAGAUCUUCAAAGACAAGCAUACUCAAACGAAAUUGUGUCACUGAUCAAAGGAAAAGCAUUACCAACGAACAAUAAAAUGCAUAACUUGGAUCUCUUCUUGGAUAAAGACAAAGUGCUCAAGGUGGGAGGAAGGCUACUUCACUCAUCGCUUCCAAACUCAUUCAAACAUCCGACUGUCAUUCCAAGAGGACACCAUAUCACAAAGCUGAUAAUUGCUCACUGUCACGAAAGAGGUCAGUCAUCAAGGAAAAGGCUUCACAAUGAAUGAAAUAAGGUCCAGUGGCUAUUGGAUACCAAAACUAAGUCAGACAGUAUCAUCCUACAUUUGGCAGUGUGUGCAUUGUCGGAAACUACGCAGACUUGUGGAAGGACAAAAAAUUAGUGAUCUCCCCGUUGAAAGAGUUGAAUGUUCUCCACCUUUCACAUACUGUGGUAUGGAAGUUUUCGGCCCAUUCAUGACCAAACAGGCAAGAAAAGAACACAAAAGGUAUUGUCUCAUUUUCACAUGUUUCUAUUCGCGAGCUGUACAUGUAGAAAUGUUAGAAGACCUGUCUACAGAUGCUUUUAUUAAUGGACUAAGGUGCUUUAUUGCUUUAAGAGGCUCUGUCAGACAGAUAAAAUGUGAUCAGGGUACUAAUUUUGUUGGUGCCAAAAAUGAACUAAAUGCAGCUCAGGAUGAAAUACACUGACAAACUGACAUUCUUUCUUGCUGAAAAACAGUGUGAUUUUGUUCUUUACACACCUCAUGCUAGUCACGCAGGUGGAGUAUGGGAAUGGCAAAUAUGGACUCUGAGGAACGUUCUCAAUGCCACCUUAGCUCUCAUAAAAGGACGGCUCACCGACUCAUCCCUCAGAACCUUCUUAUACGAAGCAGCUGCAAUAGUAAACAGCCGUCCACUGACAACCGACAAUCUCAAUGAUCCAAACAGCCUGGAACCACUAAUCCCAAAUCACCUCGUCACUAUGAAAACCACAACAGCAUUGCCUCCUCCAGGACAUUUUGUUAAAGAAGACUUGUAUGCACAAAAACGCUGGUGUCAAGAACAAUUUUGGAGCAGAUGGAAGAAAGAAUAUCUUCACAAUAUCAUGGUCUGGCAGCGAUGGCACAUGCCUAAAAGAAAUAUGCAGACAGGCGACGUAGUGAUGGACAAGGAUGAAACUCAACCGCGGGCCCAGUGGAGACUUGGUAGAGUCUUAGACACUGUAACAAACAGAUUCAGAUGGACUUGAAAGGUUAAAAUUGCUUUUGCAGACAGAAAUCUCAGCAACAAGGGUGUACGUUUGCAUAAAAUGUCUAUAGUGGAACGCCCAGUUCAUAAGUUAGUUCUACUGCUAGAAGGUUAAGAAAAGUGAUGGUACACAAUCUAAAUGUGCUGAAAUGUUGAAGUUUUUACAUGUUGUUUACUUAGUUGUUAUUGUUGGUUGAAUUGAGAAAUUAUUUGUGUUUUAUUUUGUGUUUGUAAACAGCAAAUAAUUUGGUGGGAGUGUAAAGGUCAAGUUAGCUCUUAUAUACAUUAACACGCAGUUUAUGGCAUUUAAUUGUAAGGUUGCGCUUUUAUUUUGGUGACUUCCGGUGUGAACGGAAGUGAAGGAAAAAACGUUAGCUUGUUAUAAAGAAACGAUGCACAGUAAACACGGCAACGUUAAUAGUGAAAAUCAAAACAACGGAGAAAAGUUAUAUAAAACAAAGUAAAGAUAGCUACAGUCGACAGGGGAACAAGGUUUGUUUGACUUGUUAAUGUAUAUUUGAACUUCUUGUCAUUUGUAUCAAAUUAAUGUUAAAUAUGGAUAACGGUUAAGCAAUGUAAUGACCUAGUGAUGCUGUAAUCGUAUGGUAAUUACUGUUAUUUUGUUCUU